AUGGCAAAACCUCCAGCGCCAGAGAAGCCUUGUGUCUCGUCGGGCGAAUCCUCCUUCAGGAUUUCGUGGACCAUCCCAGAAGUGGAGCCGGAGGUCACAGCCUCCACCUUGAAGCUGCGGAUAAAGGGCAGCACCAGGCUUCACAACUACGACCACGGCACCGGACGACUCGUUCCCAAAGGUGGCUCCACCGUGCCCGCCCCAACCUGUGAAGUCACAGUGGAGGGCUGUGAGGAGGGCAUUGAGUAUGAGGCCGUCCUGGCCGUGAUGAACAGCGAGGGGUGGAGCGAGCCCUCGCCCUUUAGUGAGGCGGGCUGGUUUGGUGCCUCUUUGAAGACACGUGACAAGCCACCGAAGCCCACCGCGCCCUCGCUCACGGCCCUGGGCAGCGGGAAGCUCCGUGUGACCUGGGCGGUGCCGAGCGCAGCGCCACCUGUGGAAGCCACUCAGGCGAUGCUUUGGUCCGCCGCCGAACGACCGCUGCGUUGA